AUAGACAGUAAGGUAUUAAGAGAACUUGAGCCCCGCUGUCUUUAACACCUGUGUUGCCCAGCUGUCAGCUAACGUUACUGCCUGUAGCUCCGAAAAUUCAGGAGUAAUGGAGAAAGGGUUCCGUCUGUGGAAGGAGCAGUGUCUGAACAAGCUAGACCUGAGUAAGAAGGGACAGGUGGAUGAGGACAUCGCACAUGUGGUGUCCCUGCUCAACAGGUGUGAGCAGUACUUCACCACCAGCUCGUGCUCCGGCAGAAUCAUCCUCACUGACGGGGCUCAGAAAAACGGCUGCGUUUGGCUGUUUGUCUCACACCAGCAAUGCAAACCUGAAGACCUGGUGAGCGCUGUGGCCCGCUCCAGUGGAGAUGCAGUGUUGAAGUUUGAGCCCUUCGUGCUCCAUCUUCAGUGCAGACGGCUGGAGGACGCUCAGCUCACGCACUCAGUGGCCAUCAACUCGGGCUUCAGGAACUCUGGUCUCACUGUCAGCAAGACAGGGAAAAUCAUCACGGCGGUCCGUAGCACCCACGGCUUGGAGGUUCCUCUCAGCCACCAAGGAAAGCUGCUGGUAGAACAGGAGUACAUCUGUUUCCUGACUCACAUAGCCAAUCAGAAGUUGGAGGAGAACCUCAGACGGAUCCACAGAUUCUACCAGAAUCUGCAGUCAGCCCUGCACACAGACAAACUCCCAGCAGAACCACAAACACACCACCACAGUCAGGAGACAAAGAACCAAACAAGUGUGUAUAAACGGAGGCGGAAGAGAGAACAGCAGCCUGGGACUGACUGUUGCCAUGGUGAGGGCGCCAGCAUUGAGCCGGAGCUGGACGACUGCUUGGACCUGUUCACAUGAAGACCUUGACUGGAGAAUGGGGUUGCUUUAUUUUGAAUGUUUCAGUGCAUUACUUUUAUUUCAGUGAGCUGAAUUACCAUGGUAACCUACAUUGCUCCAUCCACCUGCUCUGGAGCGGAUUUAAGUCCAUAGAGUCCAUAUCUAAGAUGGCUGCCGCGUCUCCACUUCCUACUGCUGUACAAAGUGAAACCAAAAUCUCGCGGAUACAGGCUACAUCUUGAGUCUGCGCAGUAGUGAUCGGCGGUAAGGCCGCAGUAACAAGAGGAUGAUAGAAUGUAUCAACAUGCACUCGAUGGCCACUUAAUUGGGUACACCUGUACAGGCUAUGCCAUAAAGUCUACUUUUAUCAUGCCUGUAACGUUAAAGGUCCCGUGACAUGGUGCUCUUUGGAUGCUUUUAUAUAGACCUUAGUGGUCCUCUAGUACUGUAUCUGAAGUCUUUCCCAAAAUUCAGCCUUGGUGCAGAAUUACAGCCACUAGAGCCAGUCCCACAAUGAGCUUUCUUAAGUAUGUGCCAUUUCUGAGUCUGUAGCUUUUGAGGAGGAGAGGGGGGGGGGCAAGGUGGAAGCUAGGGGUGUGUAUUAAUGUAAAAAAAAAAAAAAAACUCAUGGGAAAUUUUCAUGCCAUGGGACCUUUUAAUUUUGGAGCAAAAGAGGCACGAUUACAAGUUGCGCUUGGCUUCAAAUGACAAUGUUAAAACAGACAGGCAAAGCCAGAAAUCUUGGUGUAGUCAUGGACUCAGACCUGAAUUUUAACAGCCACGUUAACACAAUUACAAAGUCAGCCUAGUAUCACCUAAAGAAUAUAUCAAGGGUUAAAGGACUUAUGUGUCAACUGGAUUUGGAAAAAGUUGUUUAUAAAUCACUAAACAGUUUGGGGCCAAAAUACAUUUCUGAUCUUCUACUACACUCUGACCCCCCCAGACCUCUCGGGUCAUCUGGGACAGGUCUGCUUUCUGUCCCCAGAGUCAGAACUAAACAUGGGGAAGCCGCAUUCAGUUCCUAUGUUCCUCAUAUCUGGAAUAAACUCCCAGAAAACUGCAGAUCUGCUGCUACUCUGUUCUUUUAAAUCAAGGCUGAAGACCUUUCUUUUUGAUGUUGGCUUUCUUUAAAUGGCUGUUCAUUUCCUUAAUGUUUAAUUUGUUAUACUGCACUGUAACUU